GCCAACAAGCUACAUCAUGCACGGCUGCCACUUAUACAUGACGGUUGUGUACCGCAGGCUCGCCACACCCAUACCUACUCAGAUGCCAAGGAAGCCCUGAAAACUGGGGCAAGAAACGUAAAAGAGAACAUAAAAGAGGGCGUAAAAACGGAUUUGUCCGCUUGGAAGUUUGUAAAGUGGUUCGGCGCUGGCGCUGGCUUAGUAUUACUCGACUUCAGCUUCGCCAACUGGUACAACCGCCGGAAUGAGAGGAUUCUUCUUCAUGCCUUUGAACAUGGUUCCUGUCCAGAACCUGAUGUUAUGCGGGAACAGCUGAUUUACCGUGAGGUCGCUAUCAAGAAAAUGAAACGAAUUCUCGAGCCGAUCCCUGACCAUAGCUCUUAUCACGUCGUUGUCGGGAACCACAGAACUGGGAAGACCACAGUGGUCCGGCAGUGUGCUAGGGAUGUUGGAAAAGGGGUCAUUUAUGUUGAUGUCCCCCCUGUAUUGGAUAACUUCAUUGAUGAUCUUGCAAAGGCUAUUGGAUAUUCAUUCAAGAAGUAUGUGUCCUUCACUGAAUCAUUUAAGCGGAAGAUUCUAGGCAAUAGCGAGUCUGCUGAACAGCCCAGGUUUUUUCAUGUCCUGGAUGCCUUCGAGAGAGGAGCUAGAAAAUACAAGGCAAAUAACAGCAAACCUCCAGUGUUGAUCCUCGACAACAUAAGUAAGCUGGGCCAGGAAAAUGUCAAAUUACUAAAGGAUCUGCAGGACAUCGCAAAACUCUAUGCUGACCAGCGCAGUUGCGUUAUUGUGUUUGUCAGUAGCGAGAGAACAGUGCCACGCAUGAUGAUGCAACAAUCAUCGUGGUCACGCACUGAAAAAAAACCCAUUGUCAUCGAAGAUCUAACUAGCAAAGAGGCAUUCACCUACCUCCACAGCAAACUUGGCAUUGAGGAAAAGGUCACCGAUCAACUCAUUCAACUCUUAGGUGGCCGGAUUCGUGAUCUUAAGGAAUAUGGUAAUAUGAUAAAAAGUGGCGAAACAUUCGAAGGUGAGAGAGCAUUUACUAUCUGGACAAUGAUGAUG